GUGAUGAAAUCAUGAAGUUCUCCAAAAAUCACACCCACACUCAGAACAUAGAGAAGUUGGAUUGCUGACGAAGCGUUGUGAAGCUCACAUGCUGUCUGCUUAACAACAUGAAACAUGGCUGAGUCGUUGGUCUACUCUGAAGUGAAGUACAAAAAGGAGUCAAAUGCAGACACAGGCCGAGCUGGACCACAGAUAAAAGAGUCACCUGAGGAUGACGUGGUGUAUGCUGCUGUGGUCCAUAAGGCUGAUCACACAAAUCAACCAAACCCUCCUACAUUACAUUCCCCUGCUGACUCUUCCCCCAAAGGGUCAAAGGGCAUCAGGAGGCGUGGCCUUCUCCUAUUGGCUGUGGUGGUGCUCAUUCUUAUCCUGGGAGUGGCCAUCAGUCUUAGUUUAUACUCUGGAUGUCAGUCUGCUAAAUGUAACGAUGGCUGGGAAGCACAUGGCAGACAGUGCUACUUCUUCUCUACAAAGUCUCUAAUCUGGACUCUGAGUCAAGAAGAAUGUGUCCAUAAGAAGAGCCAUCUGGCAAUCAUAAAUGAUGAAAAAGAGCAGAAACUGUUGAUGGAGAUAAUCGCACCAAAAAUGCAAGAAGCUGAGGACAAGUUCUGGAUCGGUCUGAAUGAUAAACAGACGGAAGGAAAGUGGCUAUGGGUGGACAACACUCCUCUUACAAACAAAGGAUUCUGGUUGAAUAGACAAGAGCCUGAUAACUGGAAGGGUAAAAAUAAUGAAUAUCCUAAUGGAGAGGACUGUGUACGGAUGGGAGAGAUCGACUUUAUUGCCAAUAGUGCAGCAGGCUGGGUGGAUACAGCCUGUGAGAGAAAGUUCAAAUUUAUUUGUGAAGCUGAAGCUUGCUUAUGAUCACAGAGCAUCAUACAACUAAUUUCCUGUAGUCUCAUAGUCAAUAUCAAUGACAUCAAUAAACAUCUUUAUUACUGA